AUGGGUGAGGAAGUAAGUUCGUUUGUCAGUGUCUAGCCAAUUAAGAGCCCCUCUGUUCUUGUCGAGAUUAUGUAAUAUUUAGUCAUCAACAAUAGUCAAAAAAAGAAAUACGUAGUUUGCACGGAUCACCUCAAUCCAAUUUAAUCACCUCAAAUCUGAUAAAAUUUUAGGACAAUGGCCCCGUCAGGAAGCCGAAGUGGUCUCUGGAACAACUUAAAGCCGGCCAUACUUAUCUUAGUAUGCAAGCCGGGACCAAUAGAUUUGAGAGUCAGAAGGGAAUGACUGCUCCUGGCAUGCCGAGAUGGAAUAUAACCAAGGACAAAAAUGCUGGGUAAAGGAGAAUUCCAUAUUGAGAAAUAUGUUUUGGAACAUCAUCGUAACAUAAAAACGCUGACAUAAUUAACAAUUUACAGAUACAUCGAGCCUGAUCGCCGUUCCGAAGAAGUCCUCCGUGUCCAAUGCGGAACCAAUCUGUACGCAUCACAAAAAGGACAAACGCCGAUCGGAGCCAACCGGUCCCAGGUCCCCAGAGUCGUCUACAAGAAAGAUUGGGAGACCAUUCUGGAUAAAGAAGGCGAGAAAAUCCUACCAAAGCAAUCUGGUGACUAUGGUCUGGCUACCCAGUCUGGAGAAGUUUCGAUGGGAACCCAUCGUAAUCAAGUGCCCAACAUCCGUGGUCGGCUUCCCAAUGACCGUCGCACUCACGGAUUGUUGUGUUAUCAAUCAGGAACCAAUAUCUUUGCUUCCCAACAAGGAAUGAACGCCCCUCCUGGAGUUGGUGCUGUUCGUCAAGCCACCACCGAGAUUGAAGGUCUAGGUUUCAGGUAAUCGAGAAAAAUAGAUGAUGAUGCAAUUAUCAGCAUACAUUAUUUUGAUCCUAUACUUUAGCGAGGACAACCUCCGCCGAGGAUCAGAAUAUACCCCAUGGUACUCUGGCCAAAACAAGUUUGCCAACCAAAGUGGCACCGGAGGAUUCUUAAAGGUCAGAGAUGUGCUACCCCAUACCCAAGUAAGUCAUCCAGAUAUCUGAAAAGACCCGUUAGGGAGGCAAAGAGAUUCCAGAAGAACAGAAACUCAAGUCUGAGGGACUGGUGCCACUUCAAUCUGGUACGAACAAACUGGCCUCUCAACGCGGAAUGACUGGGUUUGGCACACCCAGGAAUACCUUGCUCAAAAAUGGUUGGAAGAAAGAAUGGUAAGGACAAAAACAUGUGUAUCUGAUGUAACUCCUGUAGGGUCGAGGAUUACGAAAUCGCUCUCAAGGAAUGGGAAGAAAACAAGCCCCCAGGAUCUGCUGCUUCUAAUUUGGAGCCUUAUCAGAAACGAAAACCGGACGAAUUUGAGGUAAAUUAAGUAUCCUUCGCGGGAACCAAUAACUUUCAGGUCAAAGAAGAGAAAGUGGAGUCACCAAAGAGCGAGGAGCCACCAGUGGCUUCACCUCCACCACCAGCUGAGGAAGAAGUAAAGUCACCACAAGUACCUGAAGAAGAGGUAGAAGAGGAAGAAGAAUACGAAGAUGAGGAGGAGGAAGAAGAAGAGGAGGCAAGUUAACGUUAAUCUACGACGUAUUUCAGGAGUAA